AUGUCCACCUCUGAAAUCAAGCCCAUAAUCGUCAUCGUCGGCGGCGCAUUCCACACGCCCGCAAGCUACGAGAAGCUCUCGACAGCCCUCGAGGCCGCGGGCUUCGAGGUUCACGUACCGCGGCUCCCAACGUGCAAUGAGGCGCGCCCGCCUAACGCCGACCUGACUAACGACACGCAGCUGGUGCGAGGCUACAUGGAAAGCCUAGUGCUUGCGGGCCGCGCAGUCGUCAUCGUCGGUCACUCAUACGGCGGCCAAGUGUGCUCGAACGCGCUGUGCGGGCUAGGCCUCGCGGAGCGCACUACUAACGGCCGGAAAGGCGGCGUCUCGCUGCUCGUGUACAUGGCCGGCUACGCGCUGCGCGAGGGAAUGUCUACCUCUGAUAAGUCCAGGGAGUACAGCAACAUGGAGGACAUGCCUCUCGUCUUCGACGUUGCUGGGGACCAGACUUUCGUGCAGCGCGACCCAGCCACGUCGUUUGGGCUCAGCUACCCGGGCGCCGUUGAGGCUACCGAUGUCGAGGAUUAUAUCAAGACGUUGUGCCGAUGGCAUGGGAAGGCCAUGUUCCAGCCCCUGGAGAGGGUUUCGUGGCGGGAGAUCCCCGUGGCGAAUAUUCACACGUCGGAGGACAUAUCGAUUCCCCUUGUCGAGCAGCCGAGCAUGGUUAGGGACGUUGAAGCCGCCACGGGCCGCAAGGUCCAAAAGUUCACCGUCGUGUCUGGACACUGCCCUAACUUCAACGCUGCUCAGUCUGUUGCUGAUGCCAUAGUGGGGGUCGUUACUGCUCGGGAUAUAUAG